UAAGCAUUAAUCGACGUUCAUUUCUAUAUUUAUUUCAUAGUAAUUAUUCAUGCAAAAAAAAAAAAAUUUCUUUACAACUCUCAAAAUGAAGUUUAAUCAAUUUGUUUUAAUUGGUUUGAUAACACUUUUAUUGAUUACAUCGGUAUCUGCGCUUCCUUCUUGGUUGGAUUUUUAUAAGAAAGUUAAACAAGAACAUGAAAAUACAAAACGUGGGUAUCACAGUUUUUUUUUUCAUUACAAUAUAUCAGAUAUAUAUUCACGCUACAUAAUUCGAAAAUUGUUAUAGGACAAGAUUUUCCACAAAUCAAU